GGUAGCGAAUACUACAAAAACUAAAGGUGACAAAAAUAAACAAAUUGGGUUUUAAUAGAACUGCGCGGUGGCAUUGGCAAAAUUUAUCACUUGUCAAAUUUGGAUUUAAACGAAUCUGAUAAAACUGAAAUAUGAAUACGCCAUGAGUCCAUUUUAGCCACUGACGACAGUUCUAGACUAAGUUAGAGCAACCAAACUUUAAAGACCUUUCGGUACGCUUUGUCUUUUGCAAUGUAUUUAUUGGCAGACUUGGAAGGCAUCCAGUUAGACGUUAUUUUCCUCUUUCGCCGUUAAAAGCUACCUGUUUCUUGGAAUACUAAAAGUUUUCUGAACUCGAGAUGGACACAACGUUCAUCUUUAUUUCCGGACUCCUCAUGAUCCCCAUGAUAUCUGGGGCCCUGACCUUUAAUGCAACGCUUAUAUGCAGCCUGGUGGUCAACGGCACCAAGAUGAACGAUCCUCGGGCGUGCAACUCGUGGAUUCAGUGCAUCGAUGGGAGCGCAGUGAGUGGAAGCUGUGACACUGGACUCUUCUACGACAGGGAGAGCCAGAAAUGCCUCAAUUCCAGUAGUGUCAAGUGUCUGUCCAGUAAUCCGUGCGCUGCUUUACCCACCGGAUUUGCGGCUGAUCCGUACUCCUGCAACGGCUACUACUACUGCAAGGAUGGCAAGGGGACGCACGGAGUGUGCAACACUGGAAUGAACUUCAAUCCUGGCACGCAAGACUGCAUCAGGGAUUUUCCGUGCUCGAAUAAGAUGGACCCGGAUAGCUACUGCAAUAUCCUGCCGGAUGGAGUUUUUGUCAAGGACACGGACAACUGCAAUGGCUAUCAGAUGUGCUGGGGUGGCCAGGUGAUCAAUGGAACCUGUCCGGGCACCUUCUACUUCAAGGCCUCCUCGGCGCAGUGCGAUUAUCCGCAGGAUGUGGAGUGUGACUUCGUGCCAGUGCCAGAUAUCAGCGAGAAGGGUGUAUGUCCAGAUACGGGUGGAUUCAUAUCCGAUAACAAGACCUGCAAUGGGUACUACUACUGCAAGGACCUGGGCGAUGGAGAGUUCUCGCUGGAGCAUGGCACCUGCUCCGACGGAAGAUUUUUCCUGGCCACCGAUGGCGGUGCCUGUGUCCCGCGAUCCAAAGUGAAAUGCGGCUACGACCGCUGCGUGGGAUUGGGCAAUUCCACCAUACAGCUGGCCAACGAGUCGGAUGAUGGAUGCAAGGGUUACUCGAUCUGCCAGGAUGGCAUAGUCAUUGGCCAGGGAACCUGUCCGCAGGACGAGUACUUCGACGAAAUUACUCAGCGGUGCACCACCCAGGUCAUAUCAUAUACCGCCUGCCAGAUAGCGGAGGAAACCACCCGGUUCCAAGUCGAGCAGUUGACGGCCGAGAACAAUGGCACCACCACCAUCCCGGAGUCGUGAGCAGCUAGGUAAAGGUACAAGUGGUGCUGUUAUCAGGCGUAAAAUAAUAUAAAAUUAGAGAUCAACUCUUUGUUUAGAUUUCGUCGAAUUGAUUGGAGUUCUCCAAUAAUAGCU